UUUUUCCUCUUCUGUAAGUGUUGCAUUUUUUUUCCUUUUGAAUUUGGUAUGAAUUAAUGGGGAUUUCCAUUACUUCAUGAACUUGUCUUUUGAAAGAAUUAAUCUUUCAUUGUGUUUUCCAAAAUACAAUUGGGGUUGUGUUACUCUUUCGGUUAUAUCCUAACCCUUCCAUUGUUAGACUUGUUAAUCUUUUCUCUUUGGAUAUUUGGUCUGAUGCAUUUGUUAUAAAAAUUCAGGUUCUUUUGGCAUCAAAAUACUAUGAAUCUGGUUCCAUUUUGGUCAAAUCUCAUGAAUGUCAACUAUCCUCUGUUACUUUCAGUUCAUGCGAUUUUGAAUCUUGCCUAAAAUUUUGAUAUUUUCUCUUCACAAAAAGACCAUGACUUUUAUUAGCAUUCAUUGUCUUUUGGCAAUUAGAAUCUAGUUUUGCUUCUUAUAUUCAAAAUCUUCUAGGCUCUUUCUUUUAACAGUGCCAAUGUUCCAAGACGAAUCAUCUUCUGUAAUAUCAUCACCUCUCCAAGUUUUUUCCAUGAUGUCACUCUCGUCUAAGUUAGGAUCACCAUAUCCAUGGCUUAGAGAGUUAAAAUCUGAAGAAAGGGGUUUAUAUUUGAUCCAUUUAUUGCUCACUUGUGCUAAUCAUGUAGCUACUGGUAGCCUUGAAAAUGCAAAUAUUUCCCUUGAGCAAAUAUCCCAACUUGCUUCUCCUGAUGGUGAUACUAUGCAGCGAAUGGCUGCAUAUUUUACUGAGGCACUUGCUGACAGAAUCCUGAAAGGCUGGCCUGGUCUCCACAACGCCCUCAAUUCCACAAAGAUAACUUUGGUUUCAGAAGAAGUCCUUGUUCGGAAACUGUUUUUUGAGAUGUUCCCCUUUUUGAAGGUGGCCUUUGUUCUUACCAACCAAGCUAUAAUAGAAGCAAUGGAAGGUGAGAAGAUGGUUCAUAUAAUUGAUCUCAAUGCAGCUGAACCCUCACAGUGGAUUGCACUUAUUCAAGCAUUGAGUGCAAGGCCAGAAGGGCCACCUCAUUUGAGAAUUACUGGGAUUCAUCAACAGAAAGAAGUCUUGGAUCAAAUGGCUCAUAGAUUGACUGAACAAGCUGAGAAAUUAGACAUUCCGUUCCAGUUUAAUCCCAUUGUUAGCAAAUUAGAGAAUCUUGACACUGAGAAAUUGCGUGUUAAAACAGGGGAGGCUCUGGCAAUCAGCUCUGUUCUCCAACUGCACUUGCUUUUGGCUUCUGAUGAUGAACUCCUUCGGAAGAAAUCACCAUUAGCAUCAAAGAAUUUGGAUGGAAUUCACUUGCAAAGAGCCCUUCAAUUGAACCAGAGCACUUUAGGAGAGUUGCUUGAAAAAGAUAUGGUUAAUGGAUGUAGCCCUAGCCCUGAUUCAGCCUCAUCCUCACCGCUAUGGUCAACUGCUUCAGUGAAGGCAGAUAGCUUUCUUAAUGCAUUGUGGGGUUUGUCACCUAAACUCAUGGUGGUAACAGAACAAGAUUCUAAUCAUAAUGGAUCUACUCUAAUGGAGAGGUUAUUAGAAUCUCUUUACUUCUAUGCAGCAUUGUUUGAUUGUUUGGAGUCUACCGUCUCAAAAGCAUCUUUGGAGAGACUUAAAGUGGAAAAGAUGCUGUUUGGAGAGGAAAUAAAGAACAUAAUAGCCUGUGAGGGAGCUGAGAGGAAGGAGAGACAUGAAAAGCUUGAGAAGUGGAUUCAAAGGCUUGAUUUGGCCAGCUUUGGAAACGUUCCUUUGAGUUACUAUGGCAUGUUGCAGGCGAGGAGAUUGCUGCAGGGUUAUAACUGUGAUGGGUAUAAAAUGAAGGAAGAGAAUGGAUGCGUAGUAAUUUGCUGGCAAGAUGGACCACUGUUUUCAAUAUCAGCUUGGAGGUGUAGGAAGUAAACUAUGGCAACAUUUAAUUUCCUGGCUGGACAGUCAAG